AUGGGCGAUAACUCAGCAGCAUCAUCGGCAGCGCAACUUGUAGCGACCAUCCGGCACGAAAACUUGCAGCUCGAGAAGCGAGUGGCCGAGGUUCGGCACGAAAACCUCAUCCUCAAGAGGCAACUGUACAACCUCAGCGCCCUGCUUGACAUCGCCGUUAGCAAGCUGGCAUCAAAAGGCAUCACGCUGGAGACCCCCAUUGGCAUUCGAGAGCUGCGCACGGCAAUAUCAAGUCGUGAAAUCAUUGACACGCCCGCUGAUGCCAUUGACGCUAAUGAUCUCACCUACGGGAAUGCAGCCGCCCAGGGCUCGUUCAAUCGUCGUUUUCAGUUUCCGCGUGAGCUUCGAGAGCAUACCAAGCCUGUUCAGUGUGCUGCUUUUGCACCGGGUGACCAGCCUAUUCUCGCCACAGGUGGACUCGACUGCCGUUUGAUCCUUCACAACUUCCUGACAGGAGAGAAGAUGUAUGACAACAAGGGACACGAACAGAACGUGUCUGAUGUAGCGUGGUUUGAAGGAAGCGGAAACAUUCUUUCUGCAUCCUUUGAUGGCACCGUCAAGGUGUGGGAUCCACGUCACACCAGCAGCACCGCCACGCCGGUCUAUCAGUUCAAUGCGAACGGUUUUGUGCUGGCGGCGGUGCCGCUGGACAAGGCGUUCGUGUUUGCAUGUACCGAUUCAAAGAGGCGCACCUCUAUAGUGGACUUGCGUGUCCAGAAACCCAUCUCGUGGAGGCACGACGUGCGGGCCAACACACUAACAUUCAACAGCGCCAUGGCACAACUUGUCACAGGACACAAUAACGGCACCAUAGCAGUAUGGGACGUUCGUAAGGUUGGUUUGGCGCUCUCCUCGACGACCCCUUUGGAAGGAGAGACUCUGAGCAGCAGUGCGCCAGCCGCUUCACUUACCUCCGCUCCGGUAGACGAGUCCCCUGCUGUGCCGGUGCCACUCAUCUCCGUGAUUGAGAACGAGCCGUCACAAAGUGCCAUUACCUACAUUAGCCACUACCACCACAGAGACGACUCCAGGCGGCUGGUUGUGGUGUCUGUUGACAAUAUGGUGCGCUUAUAUCGGGCGACCGGUCUCAACACUUCUUCGAAUGAUGCGUUUACACUCCGCAACGUCGUUGGAGGAGUUCCAACCCGUGGCUACACUGCAAGGGCGGCCUUUUGGAGAGGCGCCAAAGAAAAAACUAACGUUUCUGCUUUCUUCGACGACGGCGAGCGGGAAACGGAUCAACAACCGCGGCGCCUGACAGAGUGUGAUCUCAUGGUGACUUGUGGCGCAGAGAACACUGCCUGUAUAUACGACGUCACGGAAGAAGGUACCGCAGUGUUAGUGGAGAAACUUGAAGGUCACAGAGACCGCGUUGUUGGCGCUGCGAUUCACCAUGCAGAUAGCAAACCUAUCAUCGCGACCUACAGCGCUGACAAUACUGUGAAGAUUUGGGUCCCAAUCAAAAACUAG